CUUUAAUAAACCCCUUUCGUUCAGCAACGACACGACACUGCUCUGAUAAGACCGGGAGCCUUCUAUUUUACUCUUAAUUGGAUUAAAAUUUGGGGAAAAAGAAACAAUAUGCCAAAAGUGGUGGAGUCCAAAUACAGCAUACUGCUGCCAACUUACAAUGAAAAGGAUAAUUUACCCAUCAUUAUAUGGUUGAUCAUGAAAUACAUGACAGCUGGAGGCUAUCACUUUGAGGUAAUCAUAAUUGAUGAUAAUAGUCCCGAUGGCACUUUGGAGGUGGCCAAGGAUUUGCAAAAGAUCUACGGUGAAGAGAAAAUUCUGCUAAGACCACGUAAAGGUAAAUUGGGCCUGGGUACGGCCUAUAUUCAUGGCAUAGAACAUGCCACGGGCGAUUUCAUUAUUAUCAUGGAUGCCGAUCUAAGUCAUCAUCCGAAAUUCAUUCCACAAUUCAUUGAAUUGCAAAAGAAACAUGACUACGACAUCGUGUCGGGUACACGUUAUCUCGGUGAUGGCGGUGUCUUCGGUUGGGAUUUCAAACGUAAGCUAAUCUCGCGUGGAGCCAACUUCCUGUCGCAGCUACUGCUCAGACCCAGAGCCUCCGACUUGACUGGAUCAUUCCGUUUGUAUAAGAAACGUGCGCUGGAAAUGUGCAUUGCCAGUUGUGUGUCCAAGGGAUAUGUCUUCCAGAUGGAAAUGUUGGUGAGAGCCCGUCAAUUUGAGUAUUCGAUUGGUGAAGUGCCGAUUACGUUUGUGGAUCGUGUCUAUGGCGAAUCGAAACUGGGCGGUACUGAAAUCAUACAAUUUGCCAAGAAUUUGUUGUAUUUGUUUGCAACAACAUAAUCGCCGACGAAGAGGGAAAGAGGAGAGCAAGUGGAGAAACGAUGUGACCCAAGAAGUAAUUCCUUUUAUGUUUUGUUUUGAUCGGUUUUUAACGCCAUAGCUAAAUAAAUAAUGGUACUUUCCAUGGUAAAUUUUAAGAAGCAA